AUGGCAAAUGGCUUGACCAAGGGGACAACUACAACUCACCUCAACAAUGGAAACGUCUACAAGAAGAUCGACAUACCACAGGAUAAACUGGGCAAACAAAAGUACAUAAACAAGUUAACUAAAACUCUAGAAGACGAUGUUAACUCAACAUUCAAGAACAUUGCCAAGAGUCGUAAUCUCCCUCAAGAUGUUACUAACCUGUUAAUGAGCCAUCACACCACCCUCGCUACUGCAAGAGUGAUGCUUAAAACCCACAAGUACACAAGUGAUGAGAUCAAGACUCUUAACCCUGACACAAUGAAAACUAGACCUAUUGUUUCAGGCUGCAACUCCCCUUUCCACAAAAUCCUUUGGUUCGUCUGUCACAUCCUAUCUCCUCUGAUGAAUCUAGUACCUUCUCAUUUGAAAAACACUCACGAUUUUCUUCGAAGGAUUAGAAACAUCACACCAAAUGAUCUGAAGAGUCUUACUUUCUUUACAGCAGACGUCGAAGCUUUAUACACCAAUAUCAACGUACUAACAGCAAUAGAAGAUGUCAUGGAAUUUGCCAAAGAAAAUAGACAGUCAAUCAGUACAUACGGUCUCCAUCUCUCUGAUUUACAAGAACUACUAGAGACAAUCCUAGGAAAGUCAUAUUUUGUCUACAACAAUCAAGUCUACCUACAGCUUCUUGGAUUGUUCAUGGGAACCAACCCUGCACCUAUACUAGCUACUGUCAAAAUGUGGAAACUGGAAAAACUUUCAGUCUACGUAGACCUGAGGAUAACACUGCCCACCUACAGCAGGUUUUACGACGAUCUAAACGGAGCCACCACCAACAGACGAAAAGCUCAGCAACUGUGCAACCUCAUCGAACAACAAGAUCCUGACAAAAACGACUUUGUUCCCUUCCUCAACACGGAAAUAAAGAUCGACUCAGAUGGAAUAGUACAUUCUAGACUCUACAGAAAACCACAGAAAAAGCCACUCACCCUCCACUACAACUCUCAUCAUACAACACGUACAAAGAAUGCUACUGUUGAGAGUAUGUACAACACCGCAGAGGCAGUCUCUAACAACAGAGAAAACGAGAAAAAGAGAAUUAAUCAGAAAGUACAGAACAAAGACCAAGACGGAGCGAUUCUCAAACUACCCUAUGUUAACGAAGCUACUAGUCGCAAAUACAGAGAUGCUGUCAGACGUAGUGGACUCCACAUCAAAAUUGUCGAGAAACCUGGACGGAAACUGAAGGAUCUCCUUACAGACUCCAGACCCCUUGACAAGAAAUCCUGUACAACAUCAAACUGCAGAACAUGCGCAGCUUUAACCGAUGGAGAAUGCACCACAACUAAUACCGUCUACCACAUCACUUGCGAAGUAGACAAUUGUACCGAGAACUAUGGUGGGGAAACAUACAGACCGAUCAAGUGCAGGUUCGACGAGCAUUACCGUAGUGCGGCAAAUCCAACAGCAAAAUCUUACGAAGAUAAGCCACUAGCAAAGCACUACAGGGAAAGUCACCCUCAGCACAAAGGCCCCCCAAAACUUAAACUUCAAAUCGUAGAUAGAGGAACAUCACUCAUCAACAGAAAGAUUAAAGAAGCCCGAUUUUUAGUUGAAAAUAAACCAACACUCAACGAUAAAACAGAGUUGAACAAUCUAACACAGUUUUUAGUUGAGUGA